CAAUCCGUACGCAUCGCAUAACCGCGCACUGCACGCCUUUCUAUGCGCUUCUCAUUUUGGCAAUCUAACGUUCAAGCAUGCAAUAUUAUUUUUGCCUGAGUUUUUGUUUGUGGAACUUUUUCACAUUACGCAUGUUAUUUCGAAGCACUCUAUAACACUUUUCUCUUAUCAUACAGGUAAACCUGCCGAGGGUCUUAGGGGCAUACUCAAGAGUGGUAAGCCCUUGGGCGGCAUGGGUCGCGGUCUCAUGCCCAUCGAUCUCAAUGCGGAGCUCAAGAGUCGACUGCAGCGCUCCACCCAUGCAACUGUCUCUAAUCUUCGUAAGUCGGCGACAACAGCUAAUGCGACGCGAGCCGCCGGCUCGGACGAAAUCGACAACAGCUCAACGAAUCCGCAACGCAACCUGGCCCAGAUAUUGCGUAAUGUGCCCAAGGAGAAUGCUGCGCAGCACGAUGAUACAGUCAGUUUGGUGCGCAACCUAUCCUCGAUAGGCUCGCCGCGUGCCGUCGCCGCCGCCGAUGCGGCUGCCGGCCACAAUAACUGUGCCUCCGCCUCCGAAGGCGAAAGUUCCGGCGGUCGCGAGAUCGAGGCAAUCAUUAAGAACAGCGCCGUUGCCCGACGCCGACGCCAGCAGCAGCAGCAACAGCAGCCAGAUGGCAAUCUCAUUGCAAAAAGCAAAAGUUACUCGGGCAUAGCAGCAGCACCUAGUGGCACAGGCCCCCACUUACCUCCAGCUGGCGCCCGUGGCUUUGUCAAGUUGCGUCAUGUAGAUUCCGAUAAGCCGAGCACAUCAACCGAGGAAUCAACCCAAUCGCAACCAGAUAACCAAGAAGACACACUACUCAACAAAGACUCCACAGAAGACCAAGCUACAGAUAAUAUGGGUCCCGAUCAGCGCAAUAUUGCCAAGACUGGCUCCAUUGCCGAGCGUUUGGCAGCGCUGCAGAAGAGCGGCGAGGAUGACUGGAAAAAACGCGUAAACAAGCGGGAUGAGGUCGAUGAUAUUCGACGUGAAAACUUUGUCAAUGAAUCACUUUCACUGGCGCACUCCAUAUCGGACAAGCCGUUGCCGCCGUCGCAUCUAAUCGUGGCCAGCCUCGAAGGCGGCAAAGUUUCGGAACGCCUGGGUAAACUCAAGUCAAACUCGGAGAACUGGAAGCAGCGUAUAGAGCAAACCGAUGCCAAGAAGUUCACAGUCGCUGGACGACUGCAGAAGAAGGCUCAAUCGCCAGCUGAGCUUCAAUUCGAGCGCCUGCCCAAUGAUGCGGCCAUGAAGUGCCCAAUGCUGGAGGUGCGCAGUGCCAAUCAGCCGCAGCUGGGUUUGGCCAAGAGCCCCUCCAUGAUGGUGACGACCUGUUCAAAAACAACCUCAACACAGCGCAGCUUGAGCGUCAAUGCUGAGGAGAAUUUGUCCCUAAGUCGCAGCAACAGCAGCAGCUCCGAGUCGGAUGGGGAACGCUGCUCGCCCCACAAUGCCAAGCAGAGCAAGGAGCUGGCCAACAACAAGAGUGCGGCCGCAGCCACAAAUGUGGGCGCCCGAAUCCAAGUGCCGCGUCUCGACGAUGAGGAGACCUUCGAGAACUUCUUUGUCGUCCAGCCCAAGAGCCAAACAGCAGAGGAGUCCCCGCUGGACAUAAGCGCCUUCGAUGAUAUAAAGCCCACAGAGCGCCUGGUUAGCAAGCGCAACAUUCAGGGUCCCAAGGGGCGGCGAGCCGCACGCAAUCCCCUAAAGACUUUGGCAGCCCGCAGCGACAUCUGCUCGGAGUAUACGGAACUCAAUACGGGCGUUGCCGAGCGCGAGGUGCGUCGUCUCAAGCUGGAAUCAUUUGGACAACGCGGCAACUUGGCAGCAGAAGCCAUUGCAGGCCUGGCAUCCAUCGAAGACUUCAAGUCGGUGGCCCUAAAGUCCUCAUCAUUGCCGUUGCAGCAAAUGUGGCUGCCCUACAAGCGCGUGAUGCUGCUGCACGUCAAGGGACGCACCCAUGUCCAGACGCGUCUGGUGGCGCCCGUGCCAACAUCCAUGAAUCGUGGCGAUUGUUUCAUUUUGGUCGCUGGAGCACAUCUCUUCAGAUAUGUGGGCUCCUUUGCCAACGUAAUUGAGAUCUCGCGCAGCAAGAAGAUCUGCGCUGCCAUAGUAGAGAACAAGGAUCUGGGCUGCACAGCCACCCAGGAGCUAAUACUUACGGACGGUAAAUACGUCAAUGAGCGUCAAUGGCGUCAGUUCUGGUCGCUUCUGGGCGAGUCGGAGGAGCAACCGCAGCAGUUGGCCAUCGCUGACUGCGGCCAUGAGGAUGAGGAUGACGUAUUCGAGAGCAGUCUGAUCGAGACGAACAAGAUUUACGAGUUCCAUGACGAUGGCCUGGUGCCCCUGGUCAAGUACUGGGGCUGCAUACCAAAGGUUGAAAUGCUGGAUACACGCAAGGUGCUUGUCUUUGACUUCGGCAGCGAGCUGUAUGUGUGGAACGGCAAGAACGCGUCUACAGAUGACAAGCGGGCGGCCAUGCGUCUCGCUCAGGAGCACUUUGACGCCUCCGAUGCCGCAGACUACGCACAGUGCUAUCUGAAUCCGAUCAACUAUGCGGCUAUUGUGGGCAGGCGCGAGAGCACCACGUACGCCAAGCGCUGCGCUCAGCGGCCAGAGUGGUGCAUGCUGGGGAAGAUAACGCAGAACAUGGAGACGGUGCUGUUCAAGGAGAAGUUCAGCGACUGGCCAGAGCUGGAGCACGAGGAUCUCGAGAAGGACUAUUUGGCAAAUGCUGUUCAUGUUGUGCGCGCACUCAACGGCGCAGCCCUGCAGAAGGGCGAGCCCUACCAGGAACCCAAUCUUAUGCUGGAGCAAGCAAACUUGGGUCGUGGCAACUUCUACUACGACAACGAUACCAUGCGGCACUUUGAUAUUAUCACCAAAUCUACUGACAAAUGGCAGAUACACGAGUUCAACUUCGAUGCGGCCGACGCGCACAAGAACUACGGACACUUCUAUUCCGCGGAGAGCUACAUUGUGCGAUGGAUUUACCAGAUUUCAGUUACGGUACGGGAACUGAGUGGCAAGGUGUCGAAUCGCAGCACUGUCGGCCGCGAUCGCUGCGUCUAUUUCACCUGGCAGGGUAAGGACGCGAGUGCCAAUGAGAAGGGCGCCGCUGCUCUGCUGACCGUUGAACUAGAUAAGGAAAAGGGUGCCCAAAUCCGUGUGGCGCAAGGCGACGAGUCGCCCGCCUUUGUGCGACUCUUCCGCCAGCUUUGGCAGCAUUAUGGUCGCAAAGUGCAAUGUCUGGCCAGGCGAGCCGAGUGGCGUCUCUACCAGAUACAAGGCAAUCUAUCUGAGGAAUCGCUUAUAAAGGAAGUUCAAUGUGAUGCCCGCCAGCUACGUUCGCGUAGCUCCAUGCUCCUCAUACUAGGCUCAGAGGGACGCGUGCUCGUUUGGCAUGGCUGUAAGAGCGCAGAGCAUACUCGUGCCGUCGCCUUAGCUGCAGCAAAGCACGUAGCAGAUCAGCUGCCUGAGGAUUUGUUCAGCUGUGCAAGUGCCACAGUCCAAGAACUGGAGGAGGGUGCCGAGUGCGAUGUCUUCAAAACGAUCCUUCGCAUUGGAGAGGAGCGCAAUUAUGGUAGUCUGCUGGAGUCGAUCAAAUGCUAUGACUACACACUAAGGAUUUUUAACUUGUCGAGCACACAAGGCAUAUUUAAAGCACACGAGCUGAUCGACCCGCUGCGUUGCCGGGAUCUGCAUUCUCCUUAUCCCUUCUCACAGUCGCAGUUGUACAAUGCGCGCCAGCCGACUAUUUACCUGCUAGACGAUGGGGACGAACUGUGGCUCUGGAUGGGCUGGUGGCCACUAGAGGACAUCAAGAUCAAGUCCGAGGAUCGCAGCAGCCCCACCAAUGACAAUCGUGCGGGUGUGAACCGUUGGAUCUCAGAGCGACGAGCCGCUCUAGAAACGGCCGUCGACUAUUGGCGUGCGAAGCACGGCGAUAAUGAGACGGUUUCCUUCCACGGCACCAAGGGCUACGUUGUUUGGGCAGGCCUGGAGCCGUUGGCCUUCAAAGCUUUAUUUCCUGAUUGGUCUGAGCGUAACAAUAUUCGUGAAAUUAACCUCGUGGAUGGUCGGACUGAUGUACCCACGUCCAUCAGUGAAAUGCUCGCACAAAUGACUCAAACCGAAUACCCGCUUGAGGUGCUGAAGGCGCGUCCGCUGCCAGAGGGCGUGGAGCCCACACGUCUGGAGCUCUACCUAAACACAAGUGAAUUUCAACACGCAAUCGGCAUCAGCCGGUUGGAGUUCGAUCAGUUGCCCGUGUGGAAGCAAACGAAGCUGAAGAAGGACCGGGGUCUUUUCUAAGCAACCACUAAUAUGUGACCAUAUAGACUUACACGUGAACGCAAUCACAAAAUACUUUUGUAACCAAAUAUUUUCUAACAACCUUUAAAAACAUACAUACCUAUGUAUUCUACCAAAACUAUUUACAAAUACCAUACGGCACACCUGUUAGCAUAUCUUUAUAUACUCUCGUACUUUAUGCAGUCAUCGUAUAUACAUAUUUAUAUACAUAUGCAACCCUUAACUUUUUUCACCGAUUUAUAUCCUAUAAUAGCAGCUUAAUAUGUAUUCAGACAACACAAAGAUUAUCACGAAAUUGCACUGGUCUAUCAACAAACGUAGAAUUUAAUUACAUGUACAUAAAAAUUUGAUGUGCUUUGUUUUUAACAAAUUAACAAAAUUGCCAUUGUUAAUUUGAAUACAGCACAGAACAAAUUAAGAUAAAAUACCACUGCUCUCUUUAUUUCAUACUUUUCGUGUACUCAAGUUCUAUUUACGUAUAUUUAAGUUUAUUUGCUCAUUUUAGUAUUUGUAUUCUAUUAUGUUUCGAUUUUA